AUUUUGGUCCCCAAUGAUUCACAAAGACAAUAUACGGAACACGAAGCUCAAACUGCCGACUUUAUAAAUAGUACUUCCUUUGCAUCUAGUUCUACUUUAAAGAUGAAUCUUGAAUAUCCCUUAACGUCUACAAAUUCUUAUGACCCAACUACUUCGAUCUAUUCUUCCACAUUUGACCCACAUUUGUGUGUAACUGCAUUUUCUAAGACUAUGACAGAUUCUAAUUCAUCCGGGACUAGUUGGCAGUCACAACUCCUUUCGUCAUCCCCGCCAGAGUACUCUUCACAAAUUUGUUCAGCGUCUCCUAUCAAUAAAACACCUGUGGAAACUUUUACUGAUUUUAAUUCAGUUCAGUUUUCAGAAAGUAAUAUACGAAAAGAUAAUUACCAACAGCCUGUUGUUGCGUUCAAGACAAAAAAUUUUUUGACAGUUAAUCCUGGAAAUGUAGAGGA